CAAGUAAAAUCAGCUGUCUUCGUAAAUUCUCUCUCAGUCUGUAGUUCGUAUCCUGUCGAAUCGUUCAGAGAUUGUUCAACUGCAUUAGAGUUCAGUGGUUUAGCACAAAGAAAAAAUCAGUGAUUACUUACAACUAGUGAGCACUUCAAUACCAAUUGGAAAGAUAACAUACCACAGAUUUGAUCAGCCACAUGAAAGCACUGUAGCGCACUUGGCCAAGAUGUUGCGUUUUUGUGGAGUUAUCCUUGUAUUGAUGUUAGUUCUGCUCGUGAUCACCGGAAUAGAAUCCAGGAGUCCACAGGAUGGUUUCGUGGCAUUCGUACCGGUCAUGGAGAGUAAUGCCUUAGAAGGAAACGAUGUCACCAACGAUGAACCUCCGCCACACACGGAGUACGCCAAGAUGGCACGUUAUCUUGUACAUAAAGCAGAAUGGGUAUCGAUGGGUUCCAUCUCCACGGUCGAUGCCAUCAAAGGCUACCCCAUGGUGAACAUUAUAGCCGCAGCGGACAGUGCACAUGGCGAGAAAUCGACCGGCACACUGUUUUUCUAUCUAACCAUGCUCGACUACACGGCACAGGAUCUGAGCAAGGACAACCGGCUUACGGUUCUGUUGUCGAUGGAUCAGGACCUGGACUGCAGCAAGCGAGGCGUGGACCCGAUGGAGCCCACCUGUGCCCGAAUCAUGAUCUCGGGACGAGCCGUCAAACUCGCGGAAGGAACUGAAGAAUUUGAUUUCGGAACCAAUGCCAUGUUCAGCAGACACCCGGCGGCAAAACAUUGGCUGGAAAGAAUUAUACUUUGCGAGGUGCUUAGCAGCUUUUGCAGUUCUAGAUUACGAAUUGAUUUCCGAAUGGUUUGA